AUGGCGACCCGCCCGCCGUGCCUGUGGCUGUGCCUGGCCGGGCUGCUGAGCCUGCGGGCGGCGAACGCCCUGCCCCUGCGCCCCGACCCGCGGGACGCCGUGCUGGCGGAGGCCUUGCAGCGCCUGCGGGAGGUCUUCGACAUCGAGGAGCUGCCGCCCGACGUGCUGCCCCGCAAGAAGCCGCCCCAGUUCAUGGUGGAUCUCUUCAACAAGGUGGCCGACGCCAACGGCAUCACCCGCGCCCCGGGGCUGCUGCAGGGCGACGUGGUGCGCAGCUUCGAGGACCGAGUUCACGUGGACCACCACCACUUCUACUUCGACAUCAGCGCGAUGGAGAAGGGCGAGCAGAUGCUGAAAGCCGAGUUCAGGGUCUUCAAGCUUAAGAGGACGCAUCGGUCCAGAAGGUCCGACAUGCAACACUUCUGCAAAGUGGAAGUGUAUGAGCUCUUGGAGAGUGAAAAUAAGCCACAUAAAAAACACCUCAUUGCAUCAAGGUUAUUGUCCCUCUACACGGAAGGCUGGGAAGUCUUCAACGUCACACAGACAGUUUCCAAGUGGGUUGGAAACAGCAGCUCCAACCAUGGCUUUUGGAUAACUGCGACACAUGUUUCCAACCAUGAAAUGGAACACAACGUGGUUACAUUUGCCAAGAGCCAGAGCGCUUUGCAGGAGAGCAGAAAUGCUCUUCUUGUCCUCUUCACGAACAGUAACAAACGGAGGUCUCACAGCUUUGUACCCUCUGCUACAAAAUCAGAAACAAACCCUGCCAAAUCUGAUGCCUCACAUGUUUCUCAAGACACUGCUGUCGUGGAAAGCAGCAGUGCCAGCAUGAGCAGGAGACCCCGAGCUGCCGCGGCCGCUGCUGCCAGAAGCCCGUUAGCAGCAUGUCACCGAAGGGAGCUCUAUGUAGACUUCCAUGCUAUUGGCUGGUCAGGAUGGAUUAUUUACCCAAGUGGAUACAAUGCAUUUUAUUGCAGAGGAUCCUGCAUCUUCCCUUUGGGAGAAAGUCUAAAUGCAACAAACCAUGCUACUGUUCAGUCCAUUGUUUAUACACUGAAAUUGUCUCAAGAUGUCAGCAUGCCCUGCUGUGUGCCAGAUGAAUUGAAGUCCCUCAAUCUUCUCUACUUUGAUGACAAACAGAAUGUCGUCCUUAAAAAUUAUAAAGACAUGGUGGCAACAAGGUGUGGUUGUCAUUAGCAAGACAUUCUUUUUUCUCUGCACUUGGUGUCCACCUGGAUUCAGCUCCCCAUUUGCCACUGAAGAUACCAAAGGAGAUGGCAUUUCAGUUUACGGGGCAGGAGAGACAGAAACUGGUCUGUGCUUCAAAUCCUCCUCUCACCGUGGCUGUGGAAAGGUGGCUGGCUUGUGAAGCAUUGCGGACUUCAAGACCUCCAUGGAGAGCUCUUUGAGUGCCUGAAACCAAGAAACCUAUUAAAAUCAGGAACUUGCUAUGUGAAGGAGUUGGAACACAUUAAGUUGACUGUUCAAAUUAAGGUCUUGUUCUGUAUACCAAGGCUAAGAAUUUCUAGUGAUUUAACAGGCAUGGCAUCCUGCCUCAAUCCAGCAUGGGAUGCAGGUGUCAGUAGCACAGCCUUAAUCAGUGUUGGCUGCAUGAUCCAGUGGGGAUGUGCAGUCUUACUUUGAGCUUUCAGGGUAAGUAUUUGCCCAGAGCUAAUUUCAUAGGUUUCUACCACUUGUAGAUCAUGCAUUACCAGGAAACGGACUUCUUCUCCUGAGUUUUAUGCAGCUCUACCAAAUGCAGAGAACUCCUCAUAAGUCCCCAUGGGACUUGCUAGCCAGUCUGAAGGAGCCCAUAGGUCAGUAUUUGUCUGGGAAUGAGCAUACUUGGCUUCUAACUCAGGGCUGCAACUCUGUAUGGUGAGGCCAGUGCCUGUCUCUGUAAUGGCUGUCAGGGUGUGUGGCACCAGAGAUUGCCUUUGUGUAUUUGCUGCACUGUGGGAUCCUAAGCUUGGGUCAGAAUCCUCGUGGUUUAGCAAGAAGAAAGAAAACCAUGAAGCUUUGGAGGCCCAUGAGAAUUUUAGACACUGGCCUGGUCUGGUGUCUGAGGUGAGUUUUACUAGAAUGUACUUGCUGAUUCCCUUCCCUUCUUUGAAGAAGAGGAGGACACAGGCUUGGAUGGGGCCCCUUGAGAUCUUUCAAUCUUGCUACAGUUUCAUGCAGGUAACCAGCCCAUUGCCAUUCCUCAGUCAAUGCAUUGAGGUGUAUCUUAAGCCUGGUUGGUUUCUUGUCUCCAUUAACCCUUGAAGGAGGCUGACCUCUCACAGAAUGUGGCAUCUCCCAUGGCCAGAAUCUUCAUGGAGAAUUUUUUUACUCCAAUGAGACUUUAAAAAAAAAUGCAAUGUUUUUCUUUC